AUGUCGUGUCAGUACAUGGCUAGCGGUGGUUCGCGCUCUAGGGAAAUGGACGGUUCUAUGUUUGAUGUGAAUCGCUCGUCAACAAGCUUGGCAGGCGGAACCCUAGGCGGCGAAGCCGCGGGGAACGAUAACACUGAGACGACAGCGUUUGAAAGGAAGAGUUUGUUAAACCCGCAUCUUUCGGUGCUAGAACUGCUACAAGGAAAUAGGGAUAGUUCGUCCGGAGAUGAGAGGGUUUUGGAGACAAGUUUAGGCGGAAAGGGCGGAGUUUCAAGCGAUGGAUCGAAGAGUAUCUCGGACUCAUGGCAGGCAAUUCAUAGGAACGAGGCGCUGAUAUCUGUGGUCCCGGAGCGCUGCUCUUCGCAGGCCAAUGCAGUUGGCAUCCUAUCGUCUAGUGAUACGUCGGAGGAGGAGUUCGAUCCCGCUGGCUCUCCAAACGUUGCUCACCAUGGGCAGUUGCAUCUGCCGCAACAGGCGCCAGCGGGACCGCGGUCUCUGCCCAAUCUUCAAUCUAUCAAGAUGGAGGUGCCUGUUGUGUUUCCAGUGGUGGAACGGGCAGGCAGAGGCGAUGGGGAAGGGGAGGGCGAUGACGAGACGUUGACAAAGAGUUUAUCGAAUUCUUCCAAUUCUUUUGUCAUGCCCAAGCUCUCACUCUCUCAAAAGUCGCAUAAACUACGCAUUUUAAUCCUGGGCAGGCCCGGGACAAAAUUCUAUCAGUCUAUUCCAAAGAGAUACCAGCAUUUUUUCGAACUGUCUCAAUUGCAGGAUCCAUCUGAGUUCAGGCAGUUCACAGGGAUCUUGAUUGUAUUCCGGGAGUUGAAAGAAAUGGUGUCACUGCUGAAUCGAGUAUGUCAGUGCACUCCCACUAGACCUAUCAUACCUGUUUGUCAAACGGGUCAGCAUCAACAGGUCCGAAAUGUUCUAGAGUCACUUUUAAAAAAUAAAUUGAUAUCCUUGUUAUACCCUCCUGUGGUGAUAUCGAACCAUUCAGACCUCAAUAAUAUGUUCCGUUUCUUGCAAGAUUUGUCCCGAACCAUAUCCGAUAACUCAGACGACGAAGACGAGGAAUGCGAAGUCACUAAGCAGGCUAAGAAAUCUUAUCAGCGGAAGAAGAAGAAAUUGCCCUCUCACGACAAAAGCAAGCCUCGCCGAAGAAAAGAUAGGGAUGAAAGAGUUAGUAAAUGGGUUUUGUGGGGCAUAUCUCUUACCGUUGGUGUCGGUGUCGGUUACUGCAUGUCAUAUUUUGCAUCCUCCGCAUUGGUCUCAAUGAAUGUCAAAUCGAUGCCAUCAAUUGACGGAGGUGGCGACAAUUUGGUUGUAUUUGAACAUUCCUCGCUAAGCAUCGGCGAAUACGAUCACGAUCUGGAGAACCCAUUUGCUCACGCUCUUUAUCUUUUCAAGCAAACUUUAAAGCAGUGGAACUCCAUGAUAAAACAGUUCAUCAGUAAGCAUUUGCACUUCGUGGAACAAAUGAGCUUUAACAACCAUAAGGAUUGGUCAGUCGACGACAACUCCAACAGAAUAUUAGCACUGGGCUACAUAUUACUUUAG